CAUCGACCUGCACACUUCGAUCUAUCCAUUGGCCCCUGCUUUCGUGGUCCGGCUUGGGCCUAGCUUGCUGAUCGAUUUCUCCGGCAGAGGGAACGCUGAACGUUCGCCAGCAGUAUCGCUUGCUUCCUUCGGUGCCCAGUCUAGUUCGGUAUAAAUGGGCCGUCAUCCCGCGUCUCAUACGGCCUCGCGCUCCCUGACUCUGAGCGUACGACAGCUUCUAAGAUGCUCUCCUUGUCUCUGCUGCUUGGCUUGCUGUUGCCUGCACUCUCCUCGGGAAACCCCGCGCGGCGUAGCAUGCAAGUGCAGGAGUCGCGACCGAGCCCCCCGUCGGGGUAUACGCUCACGGGACCAGCCAACCCUGAUACCGUCCUCACUUUCCGCCUUGCCCUCACCCAGAGUGACUAUGACGGGCUCAUCGACGCCUUAUACGACGUCAGCAUGCCUUCGAGCGCAAACUAUGGCGAAUGGCUCAGUAAGGAGGGCGUACAAACGUACAUGGCGCCGACAAUUGAGAGUAUUUCUGCCGUCAAUGCGUGGCUGAGCGAGAACGGACUGCAAUCAAAAGUCAUAUCUGCGGCUGGCGACUGGCUCUCGGUUCCGAUGCCCGUCAGCACGGCCAAUGACUUGCUCGGCGCGGACUUUUCCAUCUUCACCCACUCUGCGUCGGGGAAGCAGGCUGUGCGAACACUUGCCUAUUCUAUCCCUACCGACCUAACGGAUCACCUUGCUUUGGUGCACCCCACGGUAUCGUUCCCGAACCCGUACGGUUACAUGCCUAUCACGAAUUUCUCCUCGUCCGGCCUCACUGGCACUCGGGAUGGCCACACGGGUCCGUGUGACGUCAACUCAAUCACUCCAGCAUGUCUGCAGUGGUUGUAUAGCAUCCCGACGACUCCUGCAACGAGUAAGGAUAAUGUCUUGGCUGUGACAGGUUACGUCGAGCAAUGGCCAUCAGAGGCGGAUCUCUCCGCUUUUUUGGCCGAAUAUCGCCCGGAUAUCGAUUCUGCUACGAGUUGGACGCUCAUAACGCUUGACAAUGGCUCGGAUCCACAGGGUCAAUAUGAUGCAGGACUCGAAUCGAACCUUGACACGCAAUACACAAUCGGUCUUGCUACGGACGUGCCUGUCACGUUCAUCUCUGUCGGUGCAAAUGACGAUCCCACGGAUGACGAGUUCGCACAGACGCUACUCGAUACGGCAUUAUACGUGCUUGCACUGCCAUUUCCUCCGCAGGUGAUGACUACGAGCUAUGGCGACGACGAAGAGUACAUCUCUCAGACUCUGGCAAUCUCUCUGUGUGCCAUCUACGCAGGAUUGAGCGCGCGUGGCGUCUCAGUUUUGUUUGCCUCCGGCGACGGCGGGGUCUCUGGUUUGCACUUCCAAGAGUGUACGACGUUCUUGCCGACAUUCCCCUCCGGCUGCCCAUAUCUCACUUCGGUCGGCGGAACAGUCAAUAUCCCCGAAGAGGCCGUCUACUUCUCUAGUGGAGGGUUCUCGACGUUCUUCGACCGACCAUUUUACCAAGAAGCUGCGGUCUCCGAGUAUCUGGCAUAUCUUGGCGACACCAAUGCGGGGCUGUACAACCCGAGCGGACGUGCAUUCCCUGACGUCGCAGCGUACUCCGUCGCCUUCGAUAUCAUCAUCGAUGGCUUCGAAACCGGUGUGGACGGAACCAGUUGCUCGAGCCCUACUUUUGCGAGCGUUAUCUCACUGCUCAACGACGAACUCAUCGCAGCCGGCCGGCCAGUGUUAGGUUUCUUGAACCCGUGGCUGUAUUCAUCGGCUGCAUCAGCGCUGAGUGAUAUUACGGUUGGGAACAACUAUGCCUGCUCGGACUUCACCACAGGCUUCAAUGCCACGACGGGUUGGGAUGCUGUGACCGGACUGGGCACGCCGAACUAUGCCAAGCUGAAGGCGAUAUUGGGCUUAUAAUACUUUCUGGGGCUUCGGACUCUUUUGUGACG